AGACGACAUGUUACAACUUCAAGUUGCAGGUGGAGGAUUGGCGCUUUCACCUUCCCAGCUCCAUCUGCAUAGUUCGAGCUCUCUGAAGUUGAACAGUGAAAGGGACAGAUUUCCUUUCGGUGGAAAGCGCAGUACUCGUCAUGUUGUUCUGAGAACAAGAAGGAGUAUGUUUGGUUGAGCUAGCUUCUUUCUCAAGUUUUUGCACCCCCCUACGGAACCAGAAAACUGAGGAGUAGAGUUUGAAAGGGGAGUCAAUUGAGGGCACCUGUCCGCGAUGGGGAAGACCUUUGCUCAGCAGGCAACGGAUACUCUGAUAGCGUCGGUUGUCGGCUUGUUAUGUGUGUCCUGUGUAAUGUUUGGGCUGCGCCAGCUGGAUCCAUCCCGCAUCAUAGCCUCCGACGCGAAGAAGAAGAAGAAAGAGCUAGGCAGGAGACUCGGAAGGCCGAUCAAGCUCAACGCUUACGAGGAUGUGAUCGCGUGCGACGUGGUCGAUUCCAACGACAUCAACGUAGACUUCUCAUGUGUUGGGGGCCUAGACGAUGUCAAGUCCGCACUCAAGGAGCUCGUGGUGCUGCCGCUCAAGCGCCCCGACCUGUUCAUGAGCGGCAAGCUGCUGCGGCCACUGAAGGGCGUGCUCCUGUACGGUCCCCCCGGCACGGGCAAGACCAUGCUGGCCAAGGCCAUCGCCAAGGAGUCAGAGGCGUGCUUCAUCAACGUGCGCUUCUCCAACCUGGCCAGCAAGUGGUUUGGGGAUGCGCAGAAGCUGGUGGCCGCGGUGUUCAGUUUGGCGUACAAGCUGCAGCCGGCCAUCAUCUUCAUGGACGAGAUCGACAGCUUCCUGGGCAAGCGCGGCGUGUCCUCCGAGCACGAGGCCACCAACCUCAUGAAGACCGAGUUCAUGGCGCUCUGGGACGGCUUCAACACCGAUGCAAACGCCCAAGUGAUCGUGCUUGCUGCCACAAACAGGCCGUACGACCUGGACCCAGCGAUCCUGCGGCGACUGCCGCGCACGUUCGAGGUGGGCAUGCCGGACCGCUCGCAGCGCGCGGCGAUCCUGGAGGUUCUGCUUGAGGGGGAGAACGUCGAGGACGGCAUCGACACGCACGCGCUCGCAGACAUGACCGAGGGGUACAGCGGGAGCGACCUGACGGAGAUUGCGAAGCAGGCGGCGUACCUGCCGCUGCGGGACUACCUCAAGGAGUUUGACGCGGUCGCGGAGGAGGCGGGCAGCAGCAGCCGGCCGCGGGCCAUCGCCUUCGACGACCUCGCCUCCGUCAUCGCCACCAAUAAACUGUCCAAGCAGGCUGCGGAGGACUACAGAGACGAAGAAGCAGCCGGGAAUGCGGACGACGGGGGUGCUGUGUUCAUCGACUUGCUUAGAAGUCUAAGCGUACAGCAGAAUAAUAGUCACAACCAGAAACACAAUCGGUAACCUUGAUUCGUUGCCAUUUGCAGAAAACUUGGUGACAGGUACGUGCAUUAAUCGCAGGUAGCUGCUUGCACGCCAAUGCCGGAUCGUGCUUUUAGAUUUUUGCUCCUCGAAAGAGGAGGCGGUCGUUGUUGCGGCGAGAUUGCCUGAGCAAGCAUUAGUCAGCGAGAUCGAUCUGUUGCAUCAUUCAAUAUGGUCUAGUAUCGCCAAAGGAGGCAGUCAGUGGGUGCCAAGAAAAGCUCGUGUGGUCGGAUGAACAUGGACAUCAGCUUAACAUGCGCGGAACUGCACAUGCAUGAUCUGAGAAAUUAGCACAAGUGGUCCAAGCCUGGCGCGCUGGUACAUAUGCGAACGCUCACACAAUCAAUCUGCGACGG